GCUCCCAAUUCCCAAACAACAAAGUGCAGAUCUACACUUACUACUAAAUCACUGACACUACACUCACAGUCUCACACCUCCUUCCUUCUCUCUCUCCUCCUCUCCUCCUCUCCUCUUGUUGUCCUCUCUCUCUCUCUCUCAAAUCGCUCUCUUGUACCAUCUCCACUUUUCCCUCCCUCUCCUUUGUCGGUGGUCGGUGUUGGGUUUUCCCGGACGGAAAAUGCAGAUUUUCCCGGGAGCCACCUGGACCGCCGCCCUGUCUCUCUUGGUUCUUUUCCUCCUGUCAUCCUGCGGUUCCACCGACGCGCACAACAUUACGAAGAUCCUGGCUAAGCACCCGGAGUUCUCGACUUUCAACCACUACCUGAGCGCUACCCAUUUGGCCGCCGAGAUCAACAGCAAGGAGACCAUAACGGUGUGCGCAGUAGACAAUGCAGCCAUGGCGGACCUGCUGUCGAAGCACCUCUCCAUUUUCUCCAUAAAAAACGUUCUUUCCCUUCACGUCCUCCUCGAUUACUUCGGUGCCAAGAAGCUCCACCAGAUCACCAACGGCACUGCUCUCUCCGCCACCAUGUAUCAGGCCACCGGUUCCGCCCCUGGCUCUUCCGGCUUUGUUAACAUCACAGAUCUUAAAGGCGGCAAGGUUGGGUUUGCUCCCGAGCAGAACGAUGGGAAGCUCAACGCUUACUUCGUGAAGUCCGUACAGGAGAUCCCUUACAACAUCUCCGUCAUCCAGAUCAGCAGCAUCUUACCUUCCGCUCAGGCAGAAGCCCCAACCCCUGGGCCUUCCCAGCUCAACCUCACCGCUCUCAUGUCCAAAAAGGGCUGCAAGAUGUUCGCCGAUUUGCUCACAACUUCAGGCGCCAUCAGCACCUUCGAGGACAGCGUCAAUGGAGGCCUCUCCAUCUUCUGCCCCACGGACGGCGUCCUCAAAGGGUUCAUGCCCAAGUACAAGAACUUGACUUCCUCGGCGCAGACUUCCUUACUGUUGUACCAUGGGGUCCCUGUUUAUCAAUCCAUGGCAAUGCUCAAAUCCAACAACGGCGUCAUGAACACUUUGGCCACCGAUGGUGCUAACAAGUACGACUUCGAUGUACAGAAUAACGGGGAGGAAGUGACCCUUAAGACCAAGAUCGUAACAGCCAAGAUUACAGGUACGGUACUUGACGAGCAACCAGUGGCGAUUUACACAGUGGACAAGGUUUUGAUGCCUAAGGAACUGUUCAAGGGUGCGCCGACGCCGGCACCAGCCCCGGCUCCGGUGGCGGAUGCUAAAGCUCCAAAGGCAAGUAAGGGUCAUGAGUAUGCUUCUCCUCCGGAGCCUGACUCUCCGGAUGGACAGCCAGCGGCGGAUCAGACGGCGGCAGAUAGUAACGGCAGUGUCAGAUUUAACGGUGCGAGAUCGAUUGCCGUAUUUCUGAGUGUGUGGUUAGGAGCAUUACUACUGGCGAAGUAGGAUUUCUCCUCCUUUUUUUCCUUUUUUUUUUUUUUUUAAAUCAAAAAGGGUAGAAGAAAAUCUUUUUAUUUAGCUUUUCUUUUUUUUAUUUUUAGUGAAAUAAAGUGAUCCAUUCACCCUCCCAUCAUUAUCCCUAUCCACCAUGAAAAAAAAGAAGAAGAAAAUCUCGUAUGACUAUAUGAGGCUGGUUUUGUUUGUUGUUGGUUUUUUAGGGUUUUAUUUAUUUGUAUUUGGAUUGUAUUUAAUUAUUGAUGGGUAUGAUACGUUUGAUUUA